AUGGAUAACGCCCUUACCAUAGCUCGAUUGAGGAAGUUGAAGCGGAUGCAUAAGAUUUCUUUGUUAGCUUUGUGCAAGCCAAAGGUGGGUCGCGAGCGUCUCGAUAUUAUUCGUCGAAAGUUAGGCUUCUCUCAGGCUGUCUCUAAUGAGGAGAGCAGGUUGUGGGUGAUGUUUGACCACGACUUCAAUUGCUACUUGUUGGCUGCCUUACCUCAGUUUUUGGUUUGGAGUUCCUUUGUUGAGGUCUUUGUUCAUGCUUCGUGUGUUACCCACGAUCGUGAGGUGCUCUGGCAUCAAUUGGUGGGGGUGUGCCCACGAGGGGGACUGGUGAUAGUUCUAGGAGAUUUUAAUGUUAUUAUUGGCGCCAAUGAAAAGAAAAGGGGGCGUCCCUUUUGCGCUAGGGAGUCGGAAUCCUUCCUAGGCUUUAUUGAGGAUGCUGAGUUGACAGACUUGGGGUUCACUGGGUCUCAGUUUACGUGGUGUAACAACCGUUGGAGCAGAGCCAGGGUUUGGAAGCGCUUGGACAGGGUUUUCGUUAACCAGAAGUGGUUGAAUUUAGCGGUGACCACGUCGGUCACUCAUUUGAGUAGGGUUGCCUCUGAUCACUCCCCUUUGUUAGUAUCUUGCUCUAUGGUGGUGGGUGGGGCUCCUACAAGCUUUCGAUUCCUUGAUGUUUGGAGGUCGCAUGCUGAGUUCCAGAGUGCAUUGCGCAGAUGGAAUAAGGAGGUUUUUGGAAAUAUAUUUGACCGUGUGAGGGAACAUGAGGAAAUGGUCUUGGCUCUGAAAUGCUCCUUAGAGGAGGGUUCAUUGGAGGAAGGGCAAUAUCAGCUGGCACAGGCUCAGGGUGAACUCAAGCAGUCUUUGCUUCGGGAGGCGGCUUAUUAG